GUUUUUCGGCAAAAUGGAGUCACUCAACGAGUAUAUGGACAAGAUUAUUAAUCGUCUUAAGGCAGUCAAUGAGAAAGACGAAUUAGUUGAUGAAGGAAUGCGGAAACUCCAAAAAUGCCAGGAAAAAAUUAUGAAAACGAGAAUCGAUGCUCAAAAACAUAUCGAUGAACGCCACGAGCAACAGUCAUUCGAACAACAGCUACUGAACAAAAAUAUGUUUGAAACUGAGCAACUGGAAGAAAAACUAAAAAGAUUGGACGAUGAGAACAAAAUUGGAAAUGAGCGGGAAUUUAACAAAAAAUUGGAAGCAAUAUCUGCGAAGUGGACGGAUGACGUCAAUCUCUUGAAAACCACGCCGAAUGAGCCUAACGAUGGGAAUAGAAAGAAAUUAUCGAACCUCUCCAACAUCUUGGUCUAACUCUGGUUUUCAUCCACGUAUCAAUUAUGCCUUCUUUUCAUGUAUAUUAAAUCAUUUCAUUU